UUAAGACUGUACUUCACAGGAUCAUUUCUGUAGUACGUCUUCACUUCUCUCUACUCAACAGUAGAGUCAAUGAAACCACGAGGAUGAGACGUAGUCCUCUUCCCUGAGCGUGAGGCAGACGCGGGCUGACCAUAGUGUUAGACCGAGUCAUCGAUGAUCGUUCACUCCCUGCUUGCAGGGUGUACGGGGGGAGGGCACUCUGAGUGGUUCUCAUUGCCAAUAUUAUUUCCCUUAUUAAACCAGUACAGCAACAACACCGUACAAGUGCCGAAAUCGACAGUGAACUGCCUCACCAUGUCCUGCCCUACAAACCUGUGGUGGCACGGCCUACCAACUCGCCACCAUCUCAACAAAGCGCCUCGAGUACCACAAGUAACGCCCAGAGCAUCACACACAGUGCGAGGGCACUGCCGUCAGCGCGACACCCUCUGGCUCCUCUUGAUACGGAAGAGCCGCCACCGCGGAACGACUCGGCCACUUCAAGCCGCACCUCGGCCAACACCACCAACACGGCCAACACGAGCAGCUCCACCAUCUCGCUGCAAAACAUUUCGGCCCCGGCGUCGGGUCAGACCUCAGGAGGCACGUCUGGUUACCAGUCAGCCGCGGCGUCACCCGGCACCGAGGCCCGGCAGGGGCAGGCCGACUUGGCCGACCCCGCGGGGCGCGCCCUCGCCCUCAGCAACGGCUUCCCCGCCGACACGACCAUCUCCGACUUCACGGAGAGUGUCGACGGCGCGGGCGAGGACGGCGUCGACGGCGAGAGCCACCCCAUGGGCUCGGGGCGGGCUCCGGACGCGUCUCCGCCGUGCGUGGCGAGUGCACAGCCCGGCGUGGUGCGGAGGGUCGACAUCUCGCCACCCCCAAAGCAGCAGUCGGCCGCCACGCGAAGCAGAGCGCCGGCGAGGCCGGGCAGGGGCGUCAGAGUUCCGCUGAGGAGACCUCGGGCCACCACACCAGGGAGUCUGGCGUCUAGUGGCGGGUCCGCUAGCCUUGUGGGUUUGGCCAACGGCAGCCUGAGCUCUUCGCUGGGGAAUUCAACAGCGUCCCUGUUUGCCGACACGCUGCCUGGCUUUGAAAAUCCACGCGAGGCUUUGAACAGAGGCUUGCAGCAGUUAGAGUCGACUGAAUGGGAGGUGACCAUGCAAGCACUGCAGACAGUGGUGCGCCUUGUACGGCACCACCCUGCUCUAGUACAAGGUCAGCUUCACACAUGCAGUGAGUCUCUUGCAAAACAGGUGAAGAAUUUGAGAUCGCAAGUGGCAAGGGCUGCAUGUCAGGCAUCCAGCCAUUUGUUCUGUAUCUUGAAACGAGGAAUGGAUGCGGAGGCAGAAGAUUUGUCUACUGCAUUAUUCAGUCGUACUGCGGACACAAACAAAUUCCUAAGAGCAGAUGCAAAUACAGCUUUGGAUACAAUGACAGAUAAUAUAACACCAUCCAAAGCAGUGUCGGCAAUUGUACACAAAGGUUGCAGGCAUCAAAAUGCGGUGGUUAGGGCAGCAGGUGCAAGAUUACUGGCCCGUCUUGUUGAGAAGCUAGGAGUGGAGAGGAUAAUGUCACAACCAAGAGAAACACGAGACCUCCUGCUGUUGACAAGUGCUCGUCUGCUGAUGGAGGGCAGUCUGGAGACUCGAUCUUACACCAAGUCUUCACUAAAGAAUCUUGCCCAGGAUCACAGAUUAAGCUCCAUCCUGGUUGAAAUAGUGCCAUCAAAUGUUAUGAGAAGUAUUGAUAAGACCCUAAAAAGUUGUAUUUUAAGGAAGUGAUACUGUACAAAACUUUCUAUUUAUUUUUGAAUAGUGAUUUCUUUCCAGUUAUAAUGUCCCGGAUUCAGGCGUUUGGGUGGGCCUUAUGGCCCUGUGUGGGUAUGCAACUCAUCAGCACGCCUGAAUCCUGUACACUAUAGCCAGACAAAAUAGCAAAAAUCACUGUUCCUGUAUAUUAUUUCAAAUUGUGAAUAUAUUGCGAGAUAGAGGAUAGAGUUCUUAAUAAUUGUUAAAUCAGCAUUAAAAUCUGCUGGAUAUGUAAAAUUUUAUCACCUUCUGAUAGUAAAAUGUAUGUGUAUCUGUGAUUCAAAAACAUGAAAAGAAAAAUUUUGAUUGAUUAUGAUUAUGAGAUAGAUUAAUGCUAACAAUGAAGUUGUGUCUUAGGUACAACUGUUAAAAGUGUGUGUCAACAAAUAAAAAAUAUCAAAAUAAUUAUUUAAACCAAAUUUCAAAUGAUACUAUUAAUAUGACUCAGUCCUCUUGAGUGGUCUAAUACACCCUGUAUCAAACAAGUACAGUACGUAACUAGAGGCUGAUACUAUAUCAAAUGUAAAUUUCCCCCAAUGACACCCUAAUAAUGAACAAUAAAAGAAAGUUAAGUAACAA